AUGGGAAAUGCUUGGAGCUCACCAAAAGAGAAGCGAAACGAGAAAAAGGAAUUAAAGAGGUAUUUUCGUCGCUUUUAUUUUAGUAUCCUCGACAGUUUGCUUAUGUUCCCGGAGUUAACGCUUUCUCCGAAGAAGGUCUCCACCCUCACCAAAUAAGGGCCACACGACGAACAAUCUGGGGACAAUUUAUCCAAAGCCCCAAAACGAUUUUUCGGACAAAUAUCCUCAUCUAUAGAGAAUAAACUUGUACUGAUCCAUAUUUUCUUUUAUCCACUAGGAAAGAGAAAAACUGUAGAAUUUUAACAGCAUCAGCUGAAAGAGAACGCAUAUCAAGAAGAAAAAAACAACUGGAAAAAGAAAUCGAACUCAUCGAGAGAAAAAUUUACCUGGAGGAAAUGAUGCACAUUGCCAGAAAAAGAAGCAGUAGACCUCAAGUGCGAAGAGUAAUUGCCCGGUAUGAUAGUUUCUAAUUAUAUGACUAAAACUUCGACAAUUAUGCAUGUUUGUUGAAUUAAUCACAAAUGUUCGUUUAAAACCAGUGUUGACCGGCCGGUCAAUUUCACACUUCCGUCAGUCCCAAGAACCGAAAUGAAACAACAACAACAGAAACUACAUCAGAAGCUUAAAUAAUCAAAAGAUAGCGACCGUGCCACGUGCAUUGGUUAUCUUGACUCGACUGACUUAACUGUUUUAGUCCCAGUCUUGCUCUCCAAGGAGGCGUAACAGAUGACGUUUCGAAAACGUUUGCAAUUCUGGGCAGUGGCCAUGGGUUUGGCCUCAUUCCACAAAAUGUUAAUACACCUAAGCUUUGACAGAUUGUGCUCGCAAAAGUAGCAUAAUAAUCAGUUCUUUUGUAAUAAGCUAACAGCAGUGCUCGCAUAUUCUUCAAAAUUACGCUUAUCAUGAUAUUUAUGCUAGUUUUUGUAAAUUACGCUCAUUUUAGCAAAAAAUGGAGAAAUUAUGUUUCAAUGUUCAUAAUUCAUUGUCUGAGUUCUCUAAAAACUCAAACAAUUAACAACCAGCACGUGGACGCCAUCUUUGGUAAUCAUUGUAAUUAUGCCCGUACAAAGCUAGAGUUCUGGGUCACAACUGAGUCACUUCCUCUUGGACCAAACCCCAUGAAUGACAUGAAUGAGACAAUAAGCAGAGCAAAAAUUAGUCUUCUACACAACCGUUUCUAGUGUCGUCACGCAAAGCUCACGUGACGACGCUAAAAACGGCUCAGUAUAGCAACUGACUAACCAAAAACUGAUUUUGUUGCUAAAAUUUGCCUGUAAAAAUAACCACUGAUCUGGAGCUUUUUUUUGGAAAAUAGGUGACUAUUAUGCUCGUGCUUGAAGAAUUAUGUCAAAACGUAUGCUAGCACCGAUCAAAGCCUGAAUACACCUCAGAAUACGUUGUUCCAAGUGGUUUUUAGCUUUGCGCGGGUUUUCCUCAGCUUUCGAUCCUUCUCCUAAAUUUUCCCUGUGGGUUACAAUCUGAGGUUUGCCGCGUGACGUUCUGUUGGUCCUUCCUCUACGCAUGUCCGAUCCAGUUCAAUUUCCUUCCUCUGAUUGUGACUUCAGUCCGCUCUUGACUUGUCUUUUCCAACAGCAUGAUCUUCAUUAUAUGGCUCUUUGUCAAGACACCCCUGAGUCUCUAUCUUUUGAUAAUCGCCUUUUAAUCGUCUAUUAUAGGCCAUCCCAAGGCAGUAAUCCGUCAACAAAGCAAACACAUUUAGCAGAGGUUUAUUCCAGAGUCCCUUCAGCCAAGAGUCCAGUUCUCGGGGGAUUUCACAGUAAGAAUGGUCCACAAGCACAGUGCACAACCUGCUCAUAUCGGCUUUAUCUUAAAGAUGCUGCCAAAGGCCCUGUAGACCUAUAA